GGCUUGAGGCGGGAGUGAGGUUGCAUGUUAUGUGCGCGCCCACCCACACUUUGAGACCUACCGCCCUAGAAAUUUCCCACUAUUUUUCACAAUACCUUCGGGGAGAGCGCGCAGCAUCCAUUUCUUUCGCGCUCUCACUCUCUCUCUUUGGGGCGCACUCUCACAUACUGCCGCGCUCGCUUAUCGUGCCUGUGCUUUGGCAUGCGAUCCGCUCCGGUACAUGGAGGCUGGAUAGCUGGCUUAACGGCCUAACUAACAACUAACCACGGCCUGCCUUGCUGCCUGCCUGUUUGCCUGCUUGCUGCCAGUUUUGCGGCUGUGUCUGUGUUGGUCCAUACGCAGAUGGAAAAGUAAAUUUUUCAUCACGGCGCAGCGCGAAGGGUGUUUUUUGCUUGAAAAUCGUGAAUAGUUUCCACGUUAAAAUUGAUUAAACUCCAGCCAGCCACGAUGCAUAUACUCAAAGUCAAAGUGUAAUUGAAAAGUUUGUGUGGAAAGCGGUUAAGCGCAGCGCAUAAAAAUCAAUAAGGAAAUUCAGUAAAAUCUAUACGAAAGAAAAAAUCCUCCAUUCACUGUGUAUGUGUGUGCGUGUGACGUUUAUUUUUUGGUUGGUUGGUGUGUGUCGAUUUUGUAUUUCGGAAACGCGAUGCGAACGCGACGAUGAAUUUCGUUUUACGCCUUUGGCUGCAGUCGAAAUCGACGACAAUUGGCAGCAGUGACGCGCGCGUUAACGCCAACGCAGACGUCAACGCCGGCAACGACAUCCACAAAGCAAUUACACACAUGUCAGCACGCAGUGGCAACAGCAACGUCGACUGCGUUAGUGACUGUGACAGCGACAGCGGCUGCGGCAGCCAAGCAAACGCAGUGUAAAAAGUGUCCAAAGUGGAGUUGGCUGUGCGCGCGCGCUUGUAUGUGUGUCCGUGUGUGUGUGCGAGCUGAAAUCUGUGUGUGAGAAAAUUUUAUCGGAAUUCGGAGCGUAGAAAAAUCUAUUGACGGAACGCGUGGUGUUUGCGCCCCAGCCAAGCGAGUACGAGCAGAUUUUCGUAAAAAAUCCACAAUUGCAACAAAAAUAACACAAUAAAACAAUGACAUUAAACGAACAGUGUGUAGAAAAGAGCAGUAAGAAAGUAAAUAAAAUCACUAUAUGCACUAAUACAUCUUCGAAAAAACUUAAAACCAUAAUAACAACAAACACAUCGUCUUCCCAGUGAAAUCAUUGCACAAAUAAUUAAACCAAAAUAUAAAAAAAAAUAAAUUUAAUUCAUUCAUGUAAAUCAAUAAAUUUAGAAGCAAUAAAACAAUUAUCAACAACGGAGCAUUGAGUGUAACGAAAUAUUGCUUUUGAAACACACUGCAGCAGUCAACAAUCAACGCACAAAAAAAGAGAAGCAAUAAUCGGUGGAGAAUUAGAAUUUCGAAAAAAAAAAAAAUAUUAUUAAUGCAUAAAAUUGUUGAGAACGCGGCGAGAAAUCUACACCACAUUGCAUUUGAGUGAAGCUCGUGUUUUAAUGCGUACAGUGGUGGCGGUGGCAGUGUGGCAGCGCGGCGUUACCAGAUGGCAGAUAACACAGACCCUCGAUAUCGUGGGCGGCUCUGUUGAGGCAUGUCGUAAUGGCCAGAGAGGAGUCUCGUGGCAAGAGACCCCUUAAAAUUUGGGAUAGUUGGCGAAAUGUGCGCAAAGGCGUAGUUGUUGGAACAUACGAGGAGUUAUUAGUCAGAGGAAAGGAUAAAUUAGGGGUUCCUGCCUCAGAACCGGUGCGUGUUGUUCUGGAGUGCGAUGGAACCCAAAUUGAAGAUGGCGAAUAUUUUCGUACAUUGGCGAACAACACGGUGCUACUAUUGUUAAGACAGGGCGAGCGCUGGUAUCCAACUGGUGUGGAUGUUAUAAAAGCUGCGAUAUCAGCUAUACCGAAGAUCGUCUGUGAGACGAUUCAUGCGCUCGAGUUACACGAUGAGACGCCAUCUUGGAAGAUUAUGGAUAAUAAGGGUCGUGUCACGGUGGUCCUACAUUGGGAUCAGCGUCAGGGAGGUGGAGGCGGUGGAGGAGGAGGCGGCGGCGGAGGAGGUGGAGGCGGUGUCGGCGGCGUUGGUGGCAUGGGACCGAGCGGUAGUGGUGCCAGCGGCAGUAACGGACUCAUGUCAUCAGACAAAUAUUCACCAUCGAAGAAAGGCUUGUCGGCGCAAAGUUCGCUCGACACCAAAUCGGUGUCGUCACAAUCGUCACAACAACGCUAUGCCAGCCCACAAAUAACCGUCAUCAGUGAUGAGGGACCAGCUAGCAUAUACCAUCCGGGCGGUGUGGUGCUGCCACCCGGUGUUGUAAUACCCGGCACCAGUAGACGCCUCUCCAAACAGGGCGGCUCAUUUGAUAGCGCCGUGGGGGCGGUGCAUGUGCAUACACCGGAAUGUGCGCAUCAUGCGCAUACGCCCAGUCGGGCGGGCAGUCCCAGCACUACGGAAUGCGAUUUUCAUUGUUGUGCGCUGCACGAGGAGGGACGCAAAAUAGCGGUGCACAAAAGUGUGGCCACAUCGCCCAUACAGGACGGCACCACCAGCCCUCAGCCGCAGCAACAACAAGCGACGCUAUCUAUGUCAUCGGUUGUGGAUCCUAUGAUGGGCGGCAGCAUGCAACGACGCUCAUCGGGCGUCAAAGGCCAUGUACGCUUUCUGGAUAUAGCGCCGGAGCGUGAUAGCUCCGAGAGUGAAACAGAGAACACCGUCAUGGAGGAUGAUAAGACGACGACUGAGAAAUUCCUGCUGCUCAUCGAUCAGCUGUCUGUCGAUCAGAAACGACAUCUCAGCAUCAAAGAUAUCGGCAUCAUAUUGGAGCGUCUCAAUUCGAAGAUACUCGACGUGGAGCGGCUGGAUCGAGAAUCGGAAUCGGACGAUUGUUACAAUUGGACGAUAAAGGCGACAAUACGUGGUGAUGCGCUGCGCGAGUUGGGCGUCAUCUAUAAUGGUAACUAUUACGCCAUAUCCGAACAUCCCGGUUACAAGGAGGAGGUCGAAGAGAAUGGCGAAGAGGUGGAGGAGGAGGACGAAGAGGAUAGAAUAUAGAAAUGCAAUUAAUUAAAUUUAAUAAAACAAAAAAGAAAUAACAAAAUCAGAAACAAAAACAAAAAUGAGCAGAUUAAGCAUUAAAACCACAACACAAACACACACACACACUCAAACGCAUUUACAAGCAAAUGAAUAUAUAAUAAACUAAAGAAUCAGCAAACAAAAGGAAAUAAUAAUACCAAGGAAUGUGACAUAAAAUGGUUAAAGCAAAUGAAAAAAGAAACCGCAAGAAAGUGCAUAAAUAAGCUAAAGCAUACGUUUAAGUAAAGUAUAUAGUGAAACAAUUUUAGUAAAUUGUAGUAAAUUAAUUAAGAAGAAGAGGAAGCAGAAGAAGUGGGAGAAUAAGUAAUAAACAAUAGCAGUUAAAACGUACAGUGCGGCAUGGCGAAAACAGGGAGGUGAUAGUAAACGAAAACACUCACACACUUAUACAUUAACACAUUACAUACACACAUAACAGACAGACAUGAGACACACAUCUAAUGCGUGAGCAUAACUGUAAGCAUUAAUAAUGAAAAACAUAAAAAAUACCAGAAUGCAAUUCAAUAGCGUUUAAGUAAUAGUUAAAGCAAGCAGUAAGCAAAAGAAGAAAAAAAAUUAAAUAAAACAAACAAAAAACUAAAAUAAAUUUAACAAAAUUGAAGAAGAAACCACAACUUGGCGCUAAACCUAACCCCAAAAUGAUAUAAAUUCACCUAAAAUACACACACACAAAACAUUUGUAGGUUAAUAGAGCUGUUGAUAGCGCGUAGUACACAGUGAGAAAUUUGCAUAACCAAAUCCAAAGUAUGUACCGGAAAGCACCAAAACACGCAUUAACAUUAACGCAGAAAGAACAAAAAAUAAUAACAGUAAAUAAAUAAAUAAUAAAUUUAAAUUAAAUAAAAAUUGAGAAAAUCGCAGAAAAAUUAAACAAACAAACGUUUUCCAUACACACACAUACAUACAUACAUGAACUAUUUGUGAACAUAAAUUUCAUUUAUUAUCAAAUGUUUAAACCUUAGACCCAUAGUUUACAUUAUAUAUAAGUGAUUUAUAUAAAAACCGUAACUCAUUUACCUAUUAUGUGAACCAAUGGAAUUAUUUAAAACAUAAAAGCACAGUUAAGUUUCUCACAUACAAAUCUCAAUGCAAACAAAUGUGAUCUUAAUCAAUCUAAACACUCAUUUAAGUAUUUAUGUCUAAUUAUAUAUGUAUGUAUAUGUAUAUAACGGUACACAUAGUGCACAUACAAAAUAACUGUUUAUGUGUAGCAAUAAUUUGAAUUUAAUAUUUAAGUGUACAUAUUACAUUAUUAACUUCAAAGUACAGUGACGGGCAUUGAAAUAGAACUAGAAUGUAUAAAAUAUCAAACACUUGAUUCUUUAAAUUCUUUCUUUAUUUUUUUUGAAAUGAAUUAAUAUUUGUACCUUUAAGCUAAUAUGCUAAUUUUUUUUGUUUUUCGUUUUGAAGUUUAAAAAAAAUCUAUAUGAACUUGUAAUUUUUGAAAAUAUUUAUAUUUUCUAUAUUUAAUAUUGCAAAAAAAAAAAUAAUUUUUUAAUUGUUUUUGUGCUAUUUUUGUAUCAGGUUCUAUUUUUAUGCCUACCACUGUAUUCUGAAAAGUUUAAAAACAACUCAUUUUAACUCACUAAACAAUAAUAACUAUUUUCUUAUUUUAAAUAAACUCCAAAAGUUACACACCCACAUAUACUCUUACUUUCACAAACCAUAUAUUAUAUAAAAGUGAUUCUUGAAAUGUUUUAAACAAGUGAUUUUCACGCACAUAAAUACCUCUUUACAAAUAAAUAUAUAUAAAUACAUAUGUGUUAAGUAGUUGGCAAUAAAAAUAUGUGUAAAAUGUACUUCCAGAUGUUAGAUUGUAUUUAGUUCAGGAAUUGAAAAAAAUCUACUAUUUUAUAAUAUUACUUUUAUUUAAUUUAUUUAUAGUGUAUGUACUUAAAUUAUAUAAUUUAACUGUAUAUAAUUUUACUUAAGCAGAAAACUAUAUGCCUGUAUAGUUAAGUAUAAGUUGCUUUAGUUGACAUGAAAGCACUCAACAUUACGAUGAAAGCUCAUUUGAUUGCAAUGAAAGUUCAUUCGGUCACGAUGAAAGCUCUAUUUUUGAUCUGAAAUGUAAGCACAAUAAAACAACUAAUGGAACUAAUUUUAAUCCGUAAAUUUAAAGCACGGUCACGAAGAAGUUAUGUGGGAUUAAGACGAAAGCUCUCUGGAUUACAAUGAAAGCUCGAAAGUAAUAAUGAAAGUUAAAUUUUGAUUUAAAAUGAAAGCUUCUCAAAAAGUUAGAGCUUUUACGGAACUAAAUGCAUUAAAAAAGUUCUAACAUUAGAAUGAAAGUUCAAUUUUUGAUUUAAGAAUGUUUAUAAUUUCAUAAAGCUAAAACAAAUUUCUUUAUCAAUCACGUUAAAAAUGCAUACAUUAGCUCUGUUAGAAAUUCCUUAGUAUACUUAUUUUAA